AAACUGCCCAUGUCCAUCAUCAUCGUUGGAGUGGGACAGGCUGAGUUUGACGCCAUGGUGGAGUUGGAUGGUGAUGACAUCAGAAUCUCUUCCAGAGGGAAGCUGGCAGAGAGAGACAUUGUCCAGUUUGUCCCAUUCAGAGACUACAUGGAUCGUACAGGGAACCAUGUCCUCAGUAUGGCCCGGCUAGCCAAGGAUGUCCUGGCUGAGAUACCCGAUCAGUUCAUCUCUUAUAUGAAGAGUCGGGGCAUCAAACCCAACCCUGCACCGCCCCCCUACACACCCUCUGGACACACACACCACACACAGAUCUGACCACCUCACACACACACACCUUUACACUGAGUACUGAUGAGAGAGACACCAUCAAAGAUUUGCAACCCCUAGGAAUCAUGGGAGGGGAACUCUGUCUACUUCCUGUUUGGAACAUCGAGACAGGAAGUGAUGUAAGAGGAAGCUAUUAAAGCUACAGGUGUUUGUGUCAAAACUCUCCCAAACAGGUAACUCUCUGGACUGGGGAAGACAACAGUGUUUCUGUUCAUUGUGGUUCUAUCUAUUCUGUUUGUCUCUCUGGAGGAAAAGAGAGACCACCAUGGAGAGAUUAUAUGUUGCUGUGCCAUACAAGGACUAUGGUGAUCUAUGAAUUGUCUUUUUAUCAACAUACAUGGGCCUGUGACUGUUUUCUUUUGUAUUGUUAAAGAGCAGGUGUGAUCGAAGGGUCAUGUUGUGGUUGAAACUUGUGCCUGUCUGUAGAGGGGUUAUCUCACCGACCAAGUGGAACCCUCGUGUGAACACUGACAUCUCACCUUCGACCUUUGAUCUUGCAUGUGAUUGGUGUAUUGGAGCGCGUGUGUUAAGGUGGUGAUGUUUUUAGAAACCUUUCCAUCAGUUUACUAGUUUGUUUUGGGCCUCAGACAUGUCUACAUAUUGAUUAGUAGCUUCAUCAUUCAAGAUGAAAAAAGAAAAGUAUUUGUAAUUUUUUGUUUCAUUGCUUCACUAAGUUUUUCGUACUCCCAUAAAUUAUUGAUUCUUCUCUUGCUUUACAUUUCAAAGCAUGUUUGUGUAGGAUGAAAUUUCCCUGUAUGCCUGUAUUUAUAAUGUAUCAAAGUGGCAUGGAUAUAUAAGGAUAUAUAAUGAAUUUGUAUUUGUUUAGUUAUUUUAUCAUUUCUAGGUACCUUCCCAGUUUAGAUUUCUCUACAACACACAGUUAGUUAGAUAGUUAGCAAUACGAUUAAGCACAAGGGCGAGAUACUUCAACCACCACAGCAGUUGGUAGAACCUGUCUGUGACGUCAUCGUAACUGUGACAUAAAUAGCCACACCUGUAACAUACAUCAUCAUAAGUAUUGGUUUUGAUAGUUGACCAGGUCAUAUUUGGGAUCAGUCAAAGAUAUUUAAAAUAUACAAAUUAUUACGCAAUUCAAAAGCACACAAAACAAAUCUAAUACUCUUUCAACUAUUCAAUUUUUUUUUCUCUCUUUUCAUCUCUCUCUUUCCAUUGAAAACCUCUCUGGAUAAAGACAGUAAAUGUAUCCACUUGAAGAAUAUUUUAUUCUAUGAAUGAAUAUUUUAUUCUAUGAAUCCUUUUCAUGAUCAACAAUAACUCGCCCACCAGUCCUUUAUCUCUCCCUCUCUCUCUCCCUCUCUCUCCUCUCCCUCUCCAUCUCUCUCUCUCGCUCUCUUUCUCUCUCUCUCCCUCUCUCUCCAUCUAUCGCUCUCUAUCUCUCUCUCUUCCUCUCCCUCUUCCUCUCCCUCUCCCUCUCUCUCUCUCUCCCUCUCUCUCCCUCUCUCUCUCCCUCUCUCUCUC